AUGGCGGGGGAUCGGAAAGUGGAGCUCAGCGAGGCCCUGGCGCUCGGGCCGGGCUGGCGCCACGCCUGCCACGCACUGCUGUACGCGCCCGACCCCCGCAAGCUGUUCGGCCGCAUCCCGAUACGCUUCGCCGUGCUGAUGCAGAUGCGCUUCGACGGGCGCCUAGGUUUCCCUGGCGGCUUCGUGGACGCGCAGGACUGCAGCCUGGAGGACGGGCUAAACCGUGAACUGCGCGAGGAGCUGGGCGACGCGGUGUCUGCCUUCCGAGUGGAGCGCUCCGACUACCGGAGCUCACACCUCGCGGCCAACCAGCGCGUGGUGGCCCAUUUCUAUGCCAAGCGCCUGACGGCCGAGCAGCUGCAGGCUGUGGAAGCCAGGGCGCCUCAAGCCAAGGACCACGGACUGGAGGUGCUGGGCCUGGUGCGGGUACCUCUGUACAUCCUACGUGAUGGUGUGGGAGGCCUGCCCACCUUUGUGGAGAAUACCUUCAUUGGUGAUGCCCGGGAGCAGCUACUAGACGCCCUUCAGGACUUAGAACUUAUGGAUCCUGGCAUUAUUUCAAACCUCAAGAUCCCAGUUUCUAAGUAGAGUCAGCCCACCAUGGACCCACGGAACCCAAGAUGAGGGCUUUGGUAUAAGGGAAGGAGGGAGGGAGGCAGGGCAAAUGUUUUCUCUUUGGGGGCUGAGAGGUGAUAGUUAAUACAAGAUUAAAGACAGAGGUGUAUAUGCAAAGGGUUUUCAACAGAGGACCUUGUCUGAUGGCAUUAGUGAUUAAAGGCCUUGGUCAUACCUCAGAGUCCCUCCUUAUAUGUAGGUAAACAGCCUAGAAGCUCCAGGUAUACACAUGUGCAGUCUGAUCACACACAGCCUGGUGCACUCUCAUCUGUCCAGUUUAACUGUGAUGUGGCAUCAGGCACAUCCCACUCCUUCCUGGUAAAUGGGGUGGGGAAAUGGAUUCUUUCCCAUCAGCCACAAGGCUGCUGUCCCGAGUCCAGCCCAGCCCAUUCUUGUUAGGGAAGCAGAGAAGGAGGUUUCUCCCUGAGAAUGGUCUCAGGUUACCCGAGGCUUGAGCAAAGCUGUUGGUUUCAGAAAGUUGGGUCGGAACGUGUCAACUUCUUGGGCUGAACCUAGACCUGAGACUUCAGUCCUGAUGCCUCCCUUCCAGAAUGUUCAUCUUUGAGCUCCCUUUGUCUCCAUCUAGCCUGCCCUGCCAAAAGGAGUCAUCCAGGAAGGCAGCUGAUACCUGGGACUCCAAGCUCUCCAGUUCCUUCAACAGAUACAGGUUGAUUAAUACCUGCUCAGUGGCAAGUAUGGUAACAGAAAUAGAGGCCCAUUACUUCUGUCUUCCAGACUUCUGAGUGAGGAGUAGGCACACAGCAUCAUAAAUAAAUAGCAUUACAUAGUAAACACUCUAAGCUUUGUCAGCCACACGGUGUUCUGGAGCCCUUUAACUCUGUCAUGUCAAACUUACCUGCAUGAUACAUAAGUGUUGUUGUUGUGUCCCAAUAAAACGCUAAUGAAAAACA